GGGGGUGGGGGGGAGGGGGGGUCUGACAUGUCGCAGGCUCCGGGGUCCAGGUCCGGACUCGGGAUGCCGCGGCCCGAAGCGGUGCGGCCCAUCGGGGCUGAGGCCCUGGUGGCGCUGCUGGAGGGGGGUCUGGACCGGGUGGUGCUGAUCGACAGUCGACCCUUCGUGGACUUCAAUGUGUCGCACAUCCUGGAGGCCGUGAACGUCAACUGCUCCAAGCUGAUGAAGAGGAGGCUGCAGCAGGACAAGGUCCAGAUCGCCGAGCUGCUGCAGCACUCGGCCAAGAAGAAGUUGGAGCUGCAGGGCGAUCAGGACGUGGUCGUGUACGACCACAGCUCCUCCGACCCGACGGCGCUUGGCGGCGAGUCGUUCCUCAGCGUCUUGCUGGUCAAACUGGAGAAGAACUUCCCGUCCGUCCACCUGCUCUCAGGUGGGUUCUCCGAGUUCUCCCACCUGUUCCCGGGUCUGUGCGAGGGGAAGUCCACUCUGGUUCCGUCCUGCGUCUCUCAGCCGUGUCUGCCCGUCGCCAACAUCGGACCCACUCGCAUCCUGCCACACCUUUACCUGGGCUGCCAGAGGGACGUCCUGAACAAGGAUCUGAUGCUGCAGAACCACAUCGUCUACGUCCUGAACGCAAGUAACACCUGCCCCAAACCGGACUUCAUCCCAGACUCACACUUCCUCCGAGUUCCCGUGAACGACUCGUUCUGCGAGAAGAUCCUGCCGUGGCUCGACAGAUCGGUGGAGUUCAUCGAAAAGGCCAAAGCGGCGAACGCUCGGGUUCUGGUUCACUGUCUCGCUGGGAUCUCUCGCUCUGCCACCAUCGCCAUCGCCUACAUCAUGAAGAGGAUGGACAUGUCGCUGGAUGAGGCGUACAGGUUCGUGAAGGAGAAGCGACCGACCAUCUCCCCCAACUUCAACUUCCUGGGUCAGCUGCUGGACUUUGAGAAGAACAUCAAAAGUCCUCACGGUCCAGAGACCAGACUGAAGUCGCUCCGUCACCAGGAGUCGAGCGGGGGGGCCCCCGCUCCGCCCGAGGACCCGGAGCCUGCCGAGGCCCCCCUGGACGCCGCGGGCCCCGUGGGCCCCGGCCUGGCGCUGCUGGAGCCCCUCACCCUGCCAUGUGUUCUGGCCGACGCCCCCGACGAGCGUCUGCUGGCUGAGGCGCUGUGCGGUCUGCAGCUGCCCGACGGAGCCGAGGACAGCGCCCGGCUGAAGCGCUCCUUCUCUCUGGACAUCAAGUCGUUUGGCGAUCCGGGUGGAGCCGCCGCUCACCACGUGUUCGUCCCUCAUGGCGGCUCAGCAGACGCCGUGGACUUCUACAAACCGUCAGCCUUCAAGGAGCCGACCAGUAAGCCGAGCCAGUUCUCCCCGGUGGAGGAGGUUUCGGAGCAGUCGACUCCGGAGCAGAGUCCUGACAAGGAAGAGGCCGUUGGACCGUCGCCAGCCUCCGGCAGCUUCAGCAAACCUCCGCCUGCUGCGCCGAACUGUUCCCAUCUGCUGCACCGCAGCGGAAGCACGGAGAACGCCGCCAGCUUCCUGUUCGGCCUCUCGCGAAGCCAGCAGCACUUGGCCAGACCGGGGUCUGGUGGCGCCCUGAAGGGCUGGCACUCGGACAUCCUGCUGGGCCCCGUCACCGUCUCCACCUCCUCGCUCGCCGGGGGCUGGUACCUCUCCUCUGACUCCACGCGCUUCUACUCCACCUCCAUCCUGAACGGGGGCGGCGGCUUCCCGGCCUACAGCUGCGGUCACGGCCUGGAGGCGGUGCGGCGGCGCAGCCGGCAGCGGACGGGCGACCGCGGCGACUCGAGGCGGAGCUGGCACGAGGAGAGUAGCUUCGAGAAGCAGCUGAAGAGACGAAGCUGCCAGAUGGAGUUCGGAGACGGGAUGACGGACGUACGGUCCCGGGAGGAGAUGGGGAAGGUGGGGGGGAGUCAGACCAGCUUCUCCGGCAGCAUGGAGAUCAUCGAGGUCUCCUGAGGCUGAUCCCCCCCCCCCACACACACACACGGCAGCGUCAUCACACAGGAAGUGAUGAGUCGUCCGGACGCAGUGUCGCCGUGAGAACACGAGUCUGACGGUUGCUCGUGUGGGCGGUCCUUAGAUCUGGCGACGUUGUGAAAAUGGCGUCUGUCACAUGACAUGUAGAGAGAACAAGAUACAACACCGGUGACUCAUCAAUCAAUCAAAACUGGAUCAAAGAGUCUGACGAUAAAAUACAGUGAAAGAUUUCAAAGACAAUAAUUGUAAAAUUAAGAAGAAUUCUAUAAAAUCGGAAUAAAAACUGGUCUAAAUAACACAAUCGUCUGUACAGUGAGGCAGGAUGUGUUGUAACCAUAGUAACGUCAGGUCUAGUGUAUCAGAUCCUCAUGUUCAGACCUGAGGCCACUAGAGGGCGACGACGCACCUGUGUGUGUGUGUGUGUGUGUGUGUGUGUGUGUGUGUGUGUGUGUGUGUGUGUGUGUGUGUGUGUGUGUGUGUGUGUGUGUGUGUGUGUGUGUGUGUGUGUGUGUGUGUGUGUGUGUGUGUGUGUGUGUUCUCUCUCCAGGCGUCAUGAGAAGAACACAUGAUGAAGUCCAGGAUGAGGAGCAGCCUCGUGGAUCUGGUCUCAUGUGAACUGGACUAAAACUUUAUUUGUUCUGUAGUUUCAGAAACUGAGUCACGAUGUGAGAUGCUGCCGCUGUGUGUGUCGCCAUGACGAUGCAGGACUCUGGCGGCGUUGAUCCUGACUGUGGUCCGUGGAGAGUCUCAGGUGUUGGACCGACCGGGAUUCGAACAGUCGUGUUGUCGGCUCGUGUGGUUUCAUGUGUAUAAAGAAGUGAAAAGAGAAA